AUGCCGAGUUGUUCAGCACUCGUGGUCGUCAUGUCAAGCAUCAUCACGAGUGCCGCUGGUGCUGGUGCCGGACUUAGGGCAGUGGGAUCAUUUGUGAAUAUCACCAUGGGACAGCAACCGCCGCCACCGCCGCCUCCGCAGGUCGAAGAUGUCGCCGAAGAUGGGGACGAUAUGCGGGUACCUGGUCUAGAACUCUCGCCCGCAUCGUCCGAAGCAUCGUUCGAAAGCGAUACCGAUGACAAGCUGGGCAGCGAAGUGCCAAAGACUCCACAGACGCCCGCCUCGCCCGCGACGUCCCACAGCUCUGUCAGUCUGAUCACCGCAUCGGCUCAAUCACGUCACGAGAUGACGGGCGUGACGCCCAGCUUCAUGGAUGAAUUGCGUACCAUGAUCAAACAGGAAAUUGCUGGUCACCUCACAUCCAUGGAUCCGACACCCUCGCCGGCUAUCACGCCGCCCGCUCUCAUGAACUCCAUGUUUGGUACCGCCUACCCCAGUCCUCCGCCUUCUGUUGUUUCUACCUCCCAAUUUUCAUCCCCUCAGAGCACUUCUCCUUGCUUUACUACCGCAGAUGUCUUCCCCGAACGCCUGACUGUGCGCUUCCGCAGUCGCAUCGCUGCGUUUGGCGUCCCCGGCACAGACCUGAUUACACCAGACAAGAUGCAAAACUUUUAUGCCAAGUAUCGCGUCGAGAAUGAGGAGUUUCCUUUACAAGAUGCUUUCAAGCCGUGCAAGAACACGACGUUUGAACGCACUCAAUAUCUGUACCAGGAUCUUGAUUGCCCCUAUUACCUCUCCCAAGCAGUUCCCCAGGCCCACCCCACCAUCCCAGGUCUGACGAGGAUGGGGUUUGUCAAAUGGAUGACCAUCAACAUUCUGGCCUAUCCGGACCAGGAGUCUCGCCGUUUUGCCCUUCUGCUGCCCGAUCUUGCCCCCCUAAAUGUCAUAGGUCCUGAUGGCGCACAGGAAUGUCUCCCAUAUACGCUGCCGAGAAACCUUUUACCUGCAACACAUGAUAAGAAGUGCAAGCGUGCCUAA